GUAAUACGUCGGGAUGUAUUAUAACAAACCUCUCUCCACAGUCCGGUCCGAGAAUUCUAUCUCCUAUAUUCUCGUCAUUUCCCCCUUGCUAGAUUUCAUUUUUCAGGUAUCUUACUGCAAUCCCCCCUCUCCCGCCAUUUCUUUCUUCUCCUAAAACCACACAUUCCUGUCUCAGAAAACCCUAAUUCCCCACACUCUUCCAUAAAAUCCUAACUCCAAAUCGUCCUGCAAAACCCGAUUUUCUAAUUCUCCCCUCAAAACCCUAGCUUCGAAACCCAUCUCCAAAACCCUAGCGCUCAAAAUCCUACAAAACCCUUUUACUAGGGUUUUUUUUUUUUUUUUUCCUUUUCAUUUUUCAUGCUGCGAUGCCGUCCCUAAUCGCCCCCGGCAAGAUCCACCGCCUCGAGCUCGAGAAUUUCAAAUCUUACAAAGGCUUCCAGACCAUUGGCCCGUUCUAUGACUUCACGGCGAUCAUCGGCCCCAAUGGCGCCGGCAAAUCCAAUCUCAUGGACGCCAUCAGCUUCGUCCUUGGUGUGCGGUCCGGCCAGCUUCGUGGUGCGCAGCUUAAGGACCUGAUCUACGCUUUUGAUGACAAGGAGAAGGAGCAGAAGGGGCGGAGGGCGUUCGUUCGGCUUGUUUAUCAGAUGGGGAACGGAUCGGAGCUACAGUUCACGCGGACGAUCACGAGUGCUGGUGGCAGUGAGUAUAGGAUUGAUGGGAAGGUCGUGACGUGGGAUGAGUACAAUGGGAAGUUGAAGUCACUUGGAAUUCUCAUCAAGGCGCGGAAUUUCCUUGUUUUUCAGGGUGAUGUUGAGUCAAUUGCCUCAAAGAAUCCCAAGGAACUUACCGGACUUCUUGAGCAGAUAUCUGGAUCUGAUGAACUUAAGAAAGAUUAUGAGGAUCUCGAGGAACAGAAGGCUAGGGCUGAAGAAAAAUCAGCUCUUGUUUAUCAGAAAAAGAGAACAGUUGUCAUGGAGAGAAAGCAGAAGAAAGAACAGAAAGAAGAGGCUGAAAAACAUCUCCGCUUGCAAGAGCAAUUGAAAGCUCUGAAGAAAGAGCACUUCUUGUGGCAACUUUUAAACAUUGAAAAGGAUAUGAAGAAGACGAAUGAUGAACUUGAAGGAGAAAAUGACAACCUUCAAGAGGUUUUGAAGGUACAGGAGGAAUGUGAACUUGAAGCAAGUGCUAAGAAGAAAGAACAAGCUGGUUAUUUGAAAGAGGUGAUGCAGUGCGAAAAGAAGAUUGCGAAGAAAAAAGUUGAACUUGAUAAAAAGCAACCAGAGCUCCUGAAACUGAAGGAGGAAACUUCUCGCAUUAAUUCAAAAAUCAAAAGUAGCAAGAAGGAUCUAGAGAAAAAGAAAGAAGAGCAGAAGAAACAUGCAAAAGAAAUCGAAAAGUUAAAGAAAGACUUGCAUGAUGUGACUGAAGCUAUCCACGAACUAAAUGAGCAAGGUCAGGAUGAAGCUGGAAAACUUCAACUGGCUGACAGUCAACUUAGGGAAUAUAAUAAAAUUAAGGAGGAUGCUGGCAUGAAAACUACAAAACUGAAAGAUGAGAAAGAGGUUCAUGAUAGGCAACAGCAUGCUGAUGUUGAAGCUCAAAAAAAUUUGGAAGAAAACCUUCAACAGUUGAUUAACCGCGAGCAGGAGCUGGCACUCCAGGAGGAACAAAUGCAAGCAAGACUUAGAAAAAUUCUUGAUGCAUUUGGUAAGAAUACAGGAGAGCUCUCACGAGUAAAAAAAGAGCUAAGUGAGAUGGAAGAUAAACAUCGGAAAUCAAGGACGAGAUACGAUAAUCUGAAGGCAAAGGUAACUGAAAUAGAAACAGAGUUACGUGAGUUUAAGGCUGAUAAACAUGAAAGUGAACGAGAUGCCCGAUUGUCUGAAGCGGUCGAGAGUCUCAAACGCCUGUUUCCAGGAGUCCAUGGUCGCAUGACUGAUCUUUGUCGGCCAACGCAAAAGAAGUUUAACCUUGCUGUUACUGUUGCCAUGGGUAGAUUUAUGGAUGCUGUAGUUGUUGAGGAUGAACUAACAGGAAAAGAAUGCAUUAAGUAUUUGAAGGAACACCGGCUCCCUCCUCAAACAUUCAUACCUUUACAGUCAAUCCGUGUAAAGCCAAUAAUUGAGAAGUUGCGCACGCUGGGUGGAACUGCGAAGCUGAUUUUUGAUGUAAUUCAAUUUGAUCAAGCCUUGGAGAAGGCAAUCUUAUAUGCUGUUGGAAAUACCCUAGUUUGUGACGGCCUUGAAGAAGCAAAGAAGCUUAGCUGGAGCGGGGAGAGGUACAAGGUGGUAACUGUUGAUGGGAUCCUCCUCACAAAAUCGGGUACAAUGACCGGCGGGAUCAGUGGUGGAAUGGAAGCUAGAUCACAGAAGUGGGAUGACAAAGCAAUUGAAGCCAAAAAAAGAAAAAAAGAUCAGUAUGAAUUAGAGAUGGAAGAGCUUGGAUCAAUGCGAGAGAUGCAGAUAAGAGUCUCUGAAGCAUCUGGAAAAGUUACUGGGCUUGAGAAGAAGAUCCAGUAUGCAGAGAUUGAGAAGAAGAAUAUUCAGGAGAAACUUUCAAAAUUGAAGCAGGAAAAACUGAAUGUCAAAGAAGAGAUUAAUCAUCUCAAGCCUGAACUCCAAAAGUUAAAGAGCAUCAUUGCGAAAAGAGCUGAUGAAAUCCGGAGGCUCGAGAAGAGGAUCAAUGAGAUUGUGGACCGAAUCUACAAGGACUUCAGUGCAUCUGUUGGGGUGAAAAACAUCCGUGAAUAUGAAGAAAACCAACUCAGGGCUGCACAAGAGAUGUCUGAGAGGAGGCUUAGCUUGAGUACCCAGAUGUCAAAAUUGAAGUAUCAGCUGGAAUACGAGCAAAAGCGGGACAGGAACUUACCGAUCACAAAGCUGGUUUCAUCUCUCAGUUCUCUAGAUGAAGAGUUAAAGCAAGUGCAGAAGAAGGAUGCUGAAGCCAAAGAAGCAACAGAAAAAGCUGCAAAUCAGAUGGAUGAAUUGAAGGCAGAAGUUGAUGAGUGGAAGUCGAAGUCAGAUGAAUGUGAAAAGGAAAUUCAGGGAAUAAAGAAGAAGGUUACUGGUAUUACUGGAAACAUUGGGAAACUGAAGCGCCAGAUAAAUUCGAAGGAAACACAGAUCGAACAGCUGAAAUCACGCAAGCAGGAAAUACUAGAGAAGUGUGAGUUAGAGCAGAUAAAACUUCCCACUAUUUCAGACACAAUGGAAACUGGAUCAUCUGCGCCAACACCAACAUUUGACUAUGAUCAGCUAAGCAGAGCACAUUUACAGGACAUGAGACCUUCUGACCGGGAUAAGCUUGAGGCAGAAUUCAAACAGAAGAUGGAUUCCUUGGUCUCUGAGAUUGAAAGGACAGCUCCCAAUUUGAAGGCUCUAGACCAAUACGAGGCUCUGCAAGAGAAGGAAAGGCAAGUGACUGAAGAAUUCGAAGCAGCCAGGAGAGAAGAGAAGGAGAUAACUGAUAAAUUCAACUCGGUCAAGCAAAGGAGAUAUCAGCUGUUCACGGAAGCUUUCGACCAUAUUUCUAAUAACAUAGACAAAAUUUACAAGCAACUUACAAAGAGCAACACACAUCCACUCGGUGGAACGGCAUACUUGAACCUAGAAAAUGAGGAUGAUCCUUUCUUGCAUGGCAUUAAAUACACGGCCAUGCCUCCAACGAAGCGGUUUCGUGACAUGGAGCAGUUAUCUGGUGGGGAAAAGACGGUUGCUGCACUUGCUUUACUCUUCUCCAUCCACAGUUAUCGGCCAUCUCCAUUCUUUAUACUGGACGAAGUCGAUGCUGCAUUGGAUAAUUUGAACGUUGCCAAGGUUGCUGGUUUCAUUCGGUCGAAAUCGUGUGAUGGGGCUAGGGCUAAUCAAGAUUCUGAUGGAGGGAAUGGUUUUCAGAGCAUUGUGAUCUCACUCAAGGACAGCUUCUACGACAAAGCUGAGGCAUUGGUUGGAGUUUACAGGGACUCUGAAAGAAGCUGCUCAAGAACUCUGACGUUCGAUCUAACCAAGUAUCGCGAAUCAUGAUGCUUCUAGUGCUCGGUAUGAUUGUAGGCUGCAACUAUAUAUUAUAUGAAUGGAAGAUGCUGGCAGCUUUGUAUCUUCAAGUAACUGUUACUGUAACUGUUACUGUAAAUGUGAUUCUGUGAACGGUAUUAGGUUCAAAGUUGUAGACAAAUGCAAAUUGCAGAUUACAAAUUUAUAUCAGUCAUUCUCCAUGAA